AUGAAAGUCCAUUAUAUUAAUAUAUUAUUGUUUGCUCUUCCAUUAAAUAUAUUGGUAUAUAAUCAAAGGAACUAUUACAUUACACCACGUCAUACAAAAACCACCAGAUCAUUAUGCGAGUGCAAAUUAUAUUCACCGGCGAACUAUGAUAGUGACCCACAAAUGAAAGAAGUAAUGGAAAAUUACAAUCGACAAACAUCUGAUCGAUUUAAAGAAUAUGAUGAAAGGAUGAAAACUACACGCCAAAAAUGUAGAGAACAAUGCGAUAAAGAAAUACAAAAAAUUAUUUUAAAAGAUAAAUUAGAAAAACAAAUGGAACAACAGUUAACCAAAUUGGAAACAAAGAUAACCACUGAGGAUAUUCCCACAUGUGUUUGCGAAAAGUCGUUAGCAGAUAAAGUGGAAAAAGGAUGUUUGAAGUGUGGGUAUGGUCUAGGAACUGUUGCACCAACGGUUGGAUUAAUUGGUUCAGUUGCUGUAAAUGUGUGGAAAACUACAGAAAUUGCUGCCGCUAUUGCAGCUGCUGAAAAAACCGGUGCAGCUCAGGGUGCUGCAGCAGGUCUUAAGGCAGGUGUUGAUGCAGUAAUUACAGGAUUAAAAGAACGGGGUGUAGGGUUACUAUGUCCUAAAUUAUUAGAAUCCAUUGGUGAUACGAUACAUUAUACUGAUGACGGACAGAUUGCUAAAAUUAUUCUUGAAAAUCUUAGUACGAACUGUGGAGUGGGGAACUCUCUUGAUAAAGGAACAUGCAUGAAAAUUCGUAUUAAAUUAGGUAUGAUUCUACCAGAUGAUAAAAUAGCUCCUCCAGACAAUAUUCAUAUUCGACAAAUGAUGAAGGAAAUUGUUUAUGAAGCUAAACAAGCUUCUGACGUAGUUGCUAAGAAUACUGCUGAUAAAGUUACAAAAGCAGCUAUAAAGACGAGCACAGAAGCUAUAGAUGCUGCAACUUACAAUUGGUACACCACAAUUUCUUACUCCAUCACUGCUAUAUUGAUUAUAGUUUUAAUUAUGGUAAUUAUUUAUUUAAUUUUACGUUAUCGACGAAAAAAAAAGAUGAAGAAAAAACUGCAAUAUAUAAAAUUAUUAGAAGAAUAG